CCCAAAGUGAACCCCAGCAACGGCAAAUCCUCCGCCCAAAUCUCAGCUACCCGCGCCCAACCAUGUCCGCACUCAGAUCAAUGCCCCUCUGGAUAGGGGUCGCCAUAGCCAGCGGGGCCUGCGCGGCCUUCAACGGCGUCUUCGCCAAGCUGACGACGACCGAGCUCACGACGUCCUGGGCCAGCGCCGUAGGCGGCGUGCUGGGUCUCAGUCCGGGGAACCACAUCUUCGAGUACCUAUUCCGGGGUUUCUUCUUCGGGCUGAACCUGCUCUUCAACGCGGUAAUGUGGGCGCUGUUCACGCGCGCCCUCACGCUGGCCUCGUCCACCGUACGCGUCAGCGUCAUCAACACUUCCGCCAACUUUAUGCUGACGGCCGUGCUGGGCGCCCUCAUCUUUGGCGAGGCGCUGCCGCCGCUGUGGUGGCUCGGCGCGUCGCUGCUCGUUGCUGGGAGCGUCAUCAUUGGCCGCCGCGAGGAGGGCAAGGAGGUUGGCGACGCGGGGACUGCGGGCGCCGAGCCUGCCGUUCUUGCUGAGGAGAGGGAGCGCUUCUUGGAUGAUGUGGGGGAGGGAGACGGGAGGAGGAGCAGCAAUGAGGGCGCGGAAGAGGACGAUGCGGUCGAGCUGGCGACGGUACUGGAGAGCGAUGAAGAGGGCGAUGGGCGCCGCAGCUCUCGCACUUCCUAGGUAGGUAGAUUAGGUAGGUACCUAGCCACCGCCGCCAUAGGCCCCAUUGCACUAUACUACAAACUCCCUGCCCCG